CUUCUGAGUUUUUGUAUGAUUGGAUUUAUGAGCUGUUUGUUAACCUGUUUUAGAGAAGCUGUUUCCUAAACUGACUUUGUAUUUAAUAUGAACUCAUGACACUUAAAAUUAUUUAAAUAUUCAUGCUUGCUUUUAAGAUUUAAAGUUUCUAAUGGGUGAAAAUGGUCUUUCCUAUUUAAAAAAUUUAAAACUUCAAUAUGAAAAAAAUAUUAAAAAUGAAAUUAGAAGAUAACAAGGAAAAUUCAGUUAGAAAUACAGGCAAAGAAUUUUCUUAAUAAAUAAAGGGAUCAUACAUAUCAAUAAGAAUAAAAAAGACCUUAACAGAUAAGGCAGAGAAAUGAAUUAGAAGCUAUAAAGAGGAAUUACUAAUACAAUAACAAAAUAUUUGAUAUACUUUAUAAUCAAAGAUGUGAAUAUUUUAAUAGCAAUGAGAUAAGAAUUUUUGCUCAUCUAAUUUGUAAUAGCGGCUGGUGGAGAUGCUGAGGACAGACACUCAGGCUUCCUGCCUGCAGGAAGGGGAGUCAGUGCAGCAGCUUCCUAGGAAAGGGGAACAGUGUCAGGAGCCUGAAAAUACUUAUUUCAUUUUCACCUGCAUUUGUGUUGCGUUUAGAAACUUGUCCCGAGUUGAUAGAAGUAAAGACAGACUGACACAUAAAGGUGCUCACACUCACUUAUAAGCAUUGUUUAUAAGAUAGGAAAACCGGAAACGGUCAGAUCAUCCACUGUUUGAGGAUGUUUGAGAAGCCUAUUAUAUAUACAUAUACAGUAGUGUAACUUCUUAGCUCUUUUUGAACUCUGUUUUAUGAAAACAUGUAAAGACAUGGGAAAUGUUUUAAGUGGCAAAAGCAGGCCAUAUCAUAGGUAUGUACAAUAUUACACCAACCAAAUAAAGUAUGUAAGAAAUAGCUGAAAUGAGGAACCAAAAUGUUAACAGUGGCUAGUUCUGGGUAUCUGAAUAUUUAAUAUUUCUUUAUUGUAUUUUGUUUUUCUAACCCCCAGCUAAGAAAACCCUCAAAUCAUAAUACAAAACUAUUAGAAAAUAAUCAAGUUGUUAUUGUUUAAAGUCUUUUUAAAAUUACGUGGAGUAAUUUGUUUAAAAUCAGUGGUCCUUAGGAAGGUAAAAGUUCACCGUAGAAUAUCCCAUCUCACUUGACCUGGCAGUCCUCAUCCAAGGCUGUCAUUUUGGUGCUCAUAGGUGGUACUUCUGAGAAAGUAUUCCGCCAUCUUUCUCCAUACACACCUUUCAGACACGGGCACAUCCCAGCAAGUUAUUAGGUGAGAUGGAGAGAAGUUUGGUCGUAAUCUUGCUUUUCCUUACGCUUCUGUGGUAGGUGGUUACGGAGCUGGGUGGUGUUUGAUUCAGCAUUGUCAGGCUGUUGGCCAGGCUCAAAGGGUGCCGCCAGUCUAAACCUGAUCACUCUCCUCUCUCCAAGCAAUAAGUACAUUUAUCUGCAGUUACUGUGCUUUUGUUUGUGUCUCCUGUAUUCUGGAAGUUCUCUAAAAUCCUGGUUUUGUUUUUGUGACAUCAGUUUGAUGGAGAUCCUUCAAAUAGCCAAAUUGGCUUUUUAAAAACAAAUCUCUUUAUCAGGAAUUUCGUUGGUAUUUGCAUUUUGCAAUGUUUUUUCAUAUCUGUUAUAAAUGUCUGUUUACAUGAAUGAUCUUUAAAGUUGGCUAUAAUGAGAAAACCUUUUAAAUGCUGGGUGCUGUGGUUACAUGUAAUUUUUAUUGUUUUCCUCUACUUCUCUGUAUGUUCCAAAUUUACAAUCAGCGUAUCAGGAAAGUUUUAAAAAUGAAAGCAUUACUACUUAUGUAUAAACACAGUAUACUUUGGCUAAAAUUGCAUUUUUUAAUUUAAUUUUAUUUGCAUUGGUUGGAUUUCUGGGCUUCAGAGACUCAGAGCCAACUAUCCAGAAAAGAUUCCAGUUGAGUAAGAAAGGGAGAGAGGAAGAAGGGCCAUGCUGAGUUAGGGACAGGGACAGGGACAGGGAGUGCUGUGGGCAUUUUUCAGAGAUGAAGGUCACAAUGACAUGGGAUUUGGUGAAAUGAAUAAGAAAAUCAAAAGUAUGUGAAUAUAAGAUGACUAUAGAGUUUCAGAGGUAAUUAGACAUUGCUCAAUAUUAACUAUGAGUUUAGCACCAGAGGAUAUUAUUACUCUUCCAAAGAACUGAUAGUUAUGUUUAACAGAGUUUAUAUUUGUAAUAGAUUGUAAUAUAAUAGACAUAAUAAAUUAGGUUAUAGUAUAGACAUAUAUACAUGGUACCUGUAUGACAACUCAAGGGGCACAGGUAUGGCUCUGUGAGCUUAGGAAAGAGGGCAUUGGUCUGGAUUGUGAGGCGAGGAGCCUUGAUAGAGAGGAUGGCAGGUCUGAGCGGAUCAAAAGAAUCCGCAGGAUUCGAGGAAAUGGGGAAGGGAGGAAGGCAUUCUGCAUAGAACAAGGUGGAAGAAGAAGUCAGCAGUGCACAAGAGGCUGGGUGAGAAGAUAGCGCUGUCAGCCAAGGGUGUGCAUUGGCAGGUAGAAGAAGUGGUCAGGCAGGUAGAUGGGUAGAGAUGAUGGAAACCAAGGUAUAUGAGUUUGAAGUGGGUAGCAGGAUGUUUCAUCACUCUUUUUUUCUCAUUUAAUUUUGGAUUACAAAUAUUUACCUCAGAAAACUUGGGAAACAAAAGCAAACAAAAUUAGAAUCACUUGUGAUCAUUGCAGGUAAACUGGUUUAGGAGCUCUGGGUAUGACUUGCAGGGCAGGACAGGGGCUGGAGUUUGAACAAAUGGAGAUUGGAUUUGCGGUAGCAAGUACAACAUGGGAGUCAGCAACAGAUGGGACUCAGCGGGUACCGGGGGCGUGGGAUGCUGUGGUGAAAAGAAUGAGAAGCCGAUGCUUACCGUGUACCCUGUGCCAGAUCCCAUGGCGGAUGCCUGCACAUGGGGAUCAGGAGCCAAAGAUUAUGUCAUUGUUCCAGGCGGGGGGCACCAGUAAAGUGGCGGUGUCACUGAUGGAGCUGGGAAAUAGAGAGGAGCUGACUGGCGAGGAGAGAUGAUGACGUUGGUGUGAAACACACUUUGGGCUGCUGGUCAGGGUGUUGAUACAAGCUGGAGCUCUUUGUUGGAGUCUUCCAGAGCUCUCCCAGGGAGAGGUAGGGAAGGGAGCUUGUCCAGCAGAAGUUGGGAAGCACAGAGAUCAUCUGCCUUCUUCUGACCCGGUAUUGAUGCAGGCUGAGGCCUCUGUUGUAAUGUGCUGGGUGUCAUCUGAAGACAGAAGUGCCCUGUGGGCUUUGGUCACGUUCUAUGGGGGGAGCUGCCAGCUAACCCUCAAUAAGAAGUGCACGCAUUUGAUUGUUCCAGAGCCGAAGGGGGAGAAAUACGAAUGUGCUUCAAAGCGAGCAAGUAUUAAAAUCGUGACUCCUGACUGGGUUCUGGAUUGCGUAUCAGAGAAAACCAAAAAGGACGAAGCAUCUUAUCAUCCUCGUCUGAUUAUAUAUGAAGAGGAGGAAGAGGAAGAGGAAGAGGAGGAGGAAGUAGAAAAUGAGGAACAAGAUUCUCAGAACGAGGGUAGUACAGAUGAGAAGUCAAGCCCUGCCAGCUCUCAAGAAGGGUCUCCUUCAGGGGACCAGCAGUUUUCACCCAAGUCCAACACCGACAAAUCUAAAGGGGAACUGAUGUUUGAUGACUCUUCAGAUUCAUCCCCGGAAAAGCAAGAGAGAAACUUAAACUGGACCCCAGCUGAAGUCCCACAAUUAGCUUCAGCAAAACGCAGGCUGCCUCAGGGAAAGGAGCCUGGGUUGAUUAACUUGUGUGCCAAUGUCCCACCCGUUCCAGGUAACAUUUUGCCCCCUGAGGUCCGGGCCAAUUUAAUGGCUUCUGGACAAAAUCUGCAAAGUUCUGAAAGAUCAGAAAUGAUAGCUACCUGGAGCCCAGCUGUACGGACGUUGAGGAAUAUUACUAAUAAUGCUGACAUUCAGCAGAUGAACCGGCCAUCAAAUGUAGCACAUAUCUUACAGACUCUUUCAGCACCUACGAAAAAUUUGGAACAGCAGGUGAAUCACAGCCAGCAGGGCCAUACAAAUGCCAGUGCAGUGCUGUUCAGCCAAGUGAAAGUGACUCCGGAGACACACAUGUUACAGCAGCCGCCGCAGCACCCGGUUUUACACCUUCAGCCCCAGCAGAUAAUGCAGCUCCAGCAGCAGCAGCAGCAGCUUUCUCAGCACCCUUACCCCCAGCAGCCGCCACACCCAUUUUCACAGCAGCAGCAGCAGCAGCAGCAGCAAACCCAUCAGCAUCAGUUUUCGCAGCAACAGCUACAGUUUCCACAGCAACAGUUGCAUCCUCCGCAGCAGUUGCAUCGCCCUCAGCAGCAGCUCCAGUCCUUUCAGCAGCAGCAUGCCCUGCAGCAGCAGUUCCAUCAGCUGCAGCAGCAGCAGCUCGCCCAGCUCCAGCAGCAGCAGCAGAUUCAGCAGCAGCAGCUCCAGCGCAUGCAGCAGCAGCAGCAGCAGCAGCAGAUGCAAAGUCAGACCAUGCCACACUUGAGUCAAACGUCACAGGCACUGCAGCAUCAGGUUCCAUCUCAGCAGCCUUCACAGCAGCAGCAGCAGCAGCAGCCACCACCGCCACCACCACCUCAGCAUCAUCAGCUUUUUGGACAUGAUCCAGCAGUGGAGAUUCCAGAAGAAGCCUUCUUAUUGGGAUGUGUGUUUGCAAUUGCGGAUUAUCCAGAGCAGAUGUCUGAUAAGCAACUGCUGGCCACAUGGAAAAGGAUAAUCCAGGCACACGGUGGCACUGUUGACCCCACGUUCACAAGUCGAUGCACGCACCUUCUCUGUGAGAGUCAAGUCAGCAGUGUGUAUGCACAGGCAAUAAGAGAAAGAAAGAGAUGUGUUACUGCGCACUGGUUAAACACGGUCUUAAAGAAGAAGAAAAUGGUACCGCCUCACCGAGCCCUGCACUUCCCAGUGGCCUUCCCGCCAGGAGGAAAGCCGUGUUCACAGCAUAUUAUUUCUGUGACUGGAUUUGUUGAUAGUGACAGAGAUGACCUAAAAUUAAUGGCUUAUUUGGCAGGCGCCAAGUAUACGGGUUAUCUAUGCCGCAGCAACACAGUCCUCAUCUGUAAAGAACCAACCGGUUUAAAGUAUGAAAAAGCCAAAGAGUGGAGGAUACCCUGUGUCAAUGCCCAGUGGCUUGGUGACAUUCUUCUGGGAAACUUUGAGGCACUGAGGCAGAUUCAGUACAGUCGCUACACAGUGUUCGGUCUGCAGGACCCCUUUGCCCCGACCCAGCAUUUAGUUUUCAAUCUUUUAGAUGCUUGGAGAGUUCCCUUAAAAGUGACUGCAGAGUCGUUGAUGAGCGUACGGCUGCCUUCCAAACUGAAGCAGAAUGAAGUAGCCAAUGUUCAGCCUUCUUCCAAAAGAGCCAGAAUUGAAGACAUACCACCUCCCACUAAAAAGCUAACUCCAGAAUUGACCCCUCUUGUGCUUUUCACUGGAUUCGAGCCUGUCCAGGUUCAACAGUAUAUUAAGAAGCUCUACAUUCUCGGUGGGGAGGUUGCAGAGUCUGCACAGAAGUGCACACACCUCAUUGCCAGCAAAGUGACUCGCACUGUGAAGUUCCUGAUGGCGAUUUCUGUCGUGAAGCACAUAGUGACACCAGAGUGGCUGGAGGAAUGCUUCAGGUGCCAGAAGUUCAUUGAUGAGCAGAACUACAUUCUCCGAGAUGCUGAAGCGGAAGUACUUUUCUCUUUCAGUUUGGAAGAAUCCUUAAAGCGGGCACACAUUUCUCCACUCUUCAAGGCAAAGUAUUUUUACAUCACACCUGGAAUCUGCCCAAGUCUUUCCACUAUGAGGUCAAUCGUAGAGUGCGCAGGAGGAAAGGUGUUGUCCAAGCAGCCAUCUUUCCGGAAACUCAUGGAGCACAAGCAGAACUCGAGUUUGUCGGAAAUAAUUUUAAUAUCCUGUGAAAACGACCUUCAUUUAUGCCGAGAAUAUUUUGCCAGAGGCAUAGAUGUUCACAAUGCGGAGUUUGUUCUGACCGGAGUGCUCACACAAACGCUGGACUACGAAUCAUAUCCUUUUCAAAAGAGAAUAAAAAGGAAGCGGGUUGGAUAUGAAAGGGAGUUUCCAGAUUAAUAAGGUAGUACCUCUCCUGUUUUACAAGCCAUUUUUCUUUUCUUUGCUAGUACGAUUUAUGCAGUGAACAGUUCUUUCUCUUCAGAAUAUUUAUUUGAGUUGCAAGUAAAAACUUUCCCUUAACUUACUGAGAGUUCAGUUUUAAUAGGUGAUGUUGAUUAGAAUCUAUGCUAUUUAUGUAGGCAUUAAAGUAUUUGACAAUUAGAUAAAAUAGAAAAUAAUUGCAAAAAAAAUCUUACAUUUCUUUUUAUCAGUUCCAUUCUGAGUUUGUAGUUUUCAAAAUGAAAUUUAGUUCGUAUAACUCUGAGAUGGGAAAUAAAAAAACUACUUAAUAGAAGCGGCAGAAUGAAUAUUAACAUGUUAGGAAAAAUGCAAAGGUCAGUAUUUAGAAUAACGACAGGCGAUUUUUUCUAUUUCAGACAUUAAGGAAAAAAUAAAGCUCAUCAUCUGUAUGUGUAGCCCUUACUAAAAAUCUCUGAAUUACUAUUUUAAUGUAUGAGCAGCCCAUCAGUGAAGCAAAACAUGCCUUCCAGGUCCUUAUGGGAACAUUCUGUUUCAACUUUCCUUUUCUGUUGCUGAGGGCCUGCUCUCAGGCCGUGUUUCUCAGACUUCUCCCUGGGGCUGGUGCAAUGGGGCUGGAGGGCUGAGCUCCUCCUCUCUGUGAGGGCAGGAGCCUCUGUCACCCCUGAGCGGCAUCAGCCUCAGUGGACCAUUGCUUAUGCGGGGGAAUUUUGUGUUUGGGGUAGGACUGCUUCAGUAAGGCAGAGGUCAGAAUGACAUCCAUCCUUGCUGAGUUUUUUUUUCUCUUCAUAGGUGCCUGUUGCAGCCAGGUAAUUACAUUUAAGUAUAUUUACAUUUAAAUACAUUGAUAUUCAUCCAGUUAUAUUUGUCAGACAUUUUCCUUUUAACCCUAAAGAGCUUAUGGUUGUAAUAUCAGAUAGAGGAUGCUAUCACUGAGAGAAAAGCACUUUUAAGAAGUAAAAUUUGACUUCUUGUGGUGGCUCACGCCUAUAAUCCCAACAUGGGAGGCUGAGGCGGGCGGAUCACCUAAGAUCAGGAAUUCAAGACCAGCCUGGUCAACAAUGUGAAACCCGGUCUUUACUAAAAAUAGAAAAAAAUUAGCCAGGUGUGGUGGCAGGAACCUGUGAUCACAGCUACUCAGAAGACUGAGGCAGGAGAAUCACUUGACCCUGGAAGGCAGGGUUUGCCGUGAGCCAAGGACGUGUGCACUCCAGUCUGGGCAACAAGAGCGAAACUCUGUCUUACCAAAAAAAAAAAAAAACGGGGGUGGGGAGUAAAAUUUGCCUCAGCUCCAGAAGCCAGUGUCAUAUUUAGCCAUAACUAACCUGUCUAGCUGGAAUGAGGCUUGGUACAGAAACUCUUAUUCAUACCAGAGCUUAGAGUAUUCCAUACCGCGAUCUAUUAGGAAAUUGUUGCUCGCACUACUGAUAAAAAUGGUAAGAGGCCUGUUACAUUUUUACAGAUACCUAUAAGCAUUUAGUUUUUAUACAGUGUAUACCCUUGCGUUUUUUCAGACUUUUUUCUAGCAUUCAUGUUUAUAUUUGUGAAAGGCUAUUCUUUACUACUUUUACUUUCAGAAGAAAUUGCUUUAAAAGUCAUACGGGCGACUUGUGAUGUUAAUUACCUUGGGGGCCUUUUUUCAUAGCUAUAGCUCGAUUAAUUUUGCCCAUAGUGGGAUGGACAGUGUAGAGUUGCAGAGGUCAGCGUCUGCUCCUGAGGGUAGAGGUAGGAGUCAGUUAUUUGUGGUGGGGCCUUGGGGAUGUCAGCUCUUGGGGUUAUGUGUUGCACAUGUUAAUUUAAAGGACACUGCAGCUAUUGCUGGCCCCAGCUCCUGGGGAGCUGGCACAGGGGCUGAGUGAGCCUGUCGGGGUGGGCUGAAAGUCGUCUGUCAUGUGGGUGUGCAGCAGAGCAGCUGGUUUGAGUGGGUAAGAAAGAGGCCGUAGCCUUCCUACAAGGGUGUCCCUGAACCUGGGUGAUGAAUGUUGGAACCCUUGGGUUCACGUUUGUCUUUGCCUUGUGUUUAGAAGUUGUUUUCCUCGACAAGCCUACAUAUAAGUUUAACUGAUGGUGUCUAGGCUGCUGUGUGUGUGGACUCCUGUGGUGCGCGGCCGGCUGUCUGGCUGGCGAGGAGCUGCAUGCUUCCUUCACAUGCUCUUGUUUUCCAGCUGCUUUCUUGGGGGAUCAGACAGC